CAGUUAUAAAAGGCCCGAUAGGAGCGAAAUCCGAAUAGUCCGGUGGUGGUUCGUCGGGUGGCAAUCAUCAUUUUGUGUUUCUGAGCGGGCCGUCGAGUUGUUGCAGGCUAGCUAAACGCAGCAAUAUGUCGGCAGCCGGUCCGGAAAUUAUCACUGGAUCAGUGGCGGCGGUGUCCGCCAGCGGAUUCUCGGCCAGCAGCGUCUUUUUCACCCUCCUGGUGCCCGCCCUCGUUCUAUACUAUGUAUAUUUCAGGAUUUCCCGUCGACAUAUGAUCGAGCUCGCCGAGCAUAUACCUGGACCCAAAGGUUUACCGUUCAUCGGCAACGCUCACGAGUUCAUGGGAAGUCCUGACACGAUCUUUCGCAAUGUCAUUCAAAGGUCGUCCGAGUUUGAGCAAGUGAUCAAGGUUUGGAUUGGACCUAAACUCAUCGUAUUCCUCGUUGACCCACGAGAUGUCGAGGUCAUUCUCUCAAGUCACGUAUACAUCGACAAAUCCACCGAAUAUCGAUUCUUCCAGCCUUGGUUGGGCGACGGUCUUCUCAUUUCUACCGGUCAAAAAUGGCGUGCUCAUCGCAAAUUGAUUGCCCCUACUUUCCAUCUCAAUGUUCUUAAGAGUUUUAUCGACCUCUUCAAUGCCAACUCGCGUGCCGUCGUCGAGAAAUUGCGCAUGGAGGAAGGCAAGGAAUUUGACUGCCAUGAUUACAUGUCCGAGACAACGGUUGAGAUACUCCUCGAGACCGCCAUGGGGGUAUCCAAAAGUACCCAGGACCGCAGUGGUUUCGAGUAUGCCAUGGCCGUCAUGAAAAUGUGUGACAUACUUCAUCUUCGUCACACUCGCAUUUGGUUGAGGCCAGAUUGGCUGUUCGGUCUAACAAAAUACGGCAAGGAGCAAAUUCGCUUAUUGGACAUUAUCCAUGGACUCACGAAAAAGGUUAUCGCUCGCAAGAAGGAAGACUACAAGAGCGGAAAGCGCAAUAUCAUCGACACCUCUGCGGCCAAGGAUGCGACAACAAAGAAUACAAGUGUCGAUGGACUUUCCUUUGGUCAGUCGGUUGGCCUAAAAGACGACCUGGACGUUGAUGAUAAUGACGUCGGCGAGAAGAAAAGACAGGCAUUCCUUGAUCUGCUGGUCGAAUCUAGUCAGAAUGGUCUCGUAUUAACGGACAACGAGGUCAAGGAACAAGUAGACACAAUCAUGUUUGAGGGGCACGAUACUACGGCUGCCGGGUCCAGCUUUUUCUUAUCGAUGAUGGGUUGUCACCCAGAAAUCCAAGAGAGAGUCAUCCAGGAAUUGGACGAAAUAUUCGGAGAUAGUGAUAGACCGGCCACAUUCCAAGAUACCCUGGAAAUGAAAUACUUGGAGAGAUGUAUGAUGGAGACUCUUCGUAUGUAUCCACCAGUGCCCAUCAUUGCCCGUCAAAUCAAGACAGACUUGAAGCUCGCCUCGGGCGACUACACCGUUCCCGCGGGCUGCACCGUUGUUGUGGCAACGUUCAAAGUUCACCGCCAGCCAUACAUCUAUCCGAAUCCGGAUGUCUUUGACCCGGAUAAUUUCUUACCUGAGAAAACGGCCAAUCGGCACUACUACGCCUUCAUUCCGUUCUCGGCGGGUCCGCGGAGUUGCGUUGGUCGCAAAUACGCCAUGCUCAAGCUCAAGAUCCUACUGUCGACGAUUCUCCGUAACUACCGUGUCCGGUCGACCAUCAAGGAGGAGGACUUCAGGCUUCAAGCGGACAUAAUCUUGAAGCGCGCCGAGGGCUUCAAGGUGAAGCUCGAGCCCAGGAAGAAGGGCUCAGGUGUGAAGGUUUGAGGGUUACGACCGUCCUCGUCUACAUUGACGAGCCGUUCCAAGGAACACACUAUUUAAAUGUUAAUGAACAAAGUAUACGCAUAAAGUACAUGUUGCUCGAGAAUUCGCGCGAUGUUAUAUUAAUGUUUGUCCUUUGGGGAGUAACGCACCUUGCUCGUUUCUGCUAAUUAUUGAUGUUCUUUUCUUUUUCGCGUCAACAUUUCCUAACAAUGUUGUUUAUUAGCUCUUCGUGCGACAGUUGCGAAGAACUCGUUGAAAUUAUAUUUCGAUAAUUGAAUUUCGAUGCACGAGCACCUCGGAUACGAUCAAGUUAUAGUUUUUCAUUUUUUUUUU